GGUGCAAAAUGGCAGGAGGAGUUAUCCUAAGCACGAGCAGCAAAAAGCUACACGAAGGAAAGAUGACUAGCUUCGUGUUAUUGGCAUGCAUCAUGGCUUCCUCCGGCGGACUCAUCUUCGGUUACGAUAUCGGAAUAUCUGGCGGCGUCACGUCCAUGGAUUCGUUCCUUGAAAAGUUCUUCCCGUCGGUUUACGCGCAGCAGCAAGCGGACUCGAGCGCCAGUCAGUACUGCAAGUUCGACAGCGAGCUGUUGACUCUCUUCACGUCGUCGCUCUACGUCGCCGCCCUCCUCUCAUCCUUCGCCGCGUCGAGGGUGACGAGGGUCAGCGGGAGGAAACUGUCCAUGCUUAUAGGAGGGAUGACGUUCCUGGCGGGCUCCGCCAUCAACGGCGCCGCCGUCAAUGUCUUCAUGCUCAUUCUCGGCCGCGUCCUGCUCGGCAUCGGAAUCGGGUUCGCCAACCAGUCCGUGCCGGUGUACCUCUCCGAGAUGGCCCCGGCCAAGAUGAGGGGCACGCUCAACAUCGGCUUCCAGCUGAUGAUCACCGUCGGCAUCUUCGCCGCGAACCUCAUCAACUACGGGACGGCGUCGAUCAAGGGCGGGUGGGGGUGGCGCGUCAGCCUCGGCCUGGCGGCGGUCCCGGCCAUCAUCAUGAGCGUCGGCGCGUUAGUCCUGCCGGACACACCCAACUCGCUCCUCGAGCGCGGCUUCGCGGAGGAGGCCAAGAAAAUGCUCCAGAAAAUCCGCGGCACCGACGACAUCCAAGAAGAGUACGACGACUUGAUCGCCGCCAGCGAAGAGGCGAAGACCGUCAAGAGCCCAUGGUCCAACAUCCUGCAGAACAAGUACAGGCCCCAGCUCAUCAUGGCCAUCCUCAUCCCCUUCUUCCAGCAACUCACCGGCAUCAACGUCAUCAUGUUCUACGCGCCGGUGCUCUUCAAGACGAUCGGCUUCGGAGGCGAAGCUUCCCUGGCGUCCGCCGUCAUCACCGGCAUCGUCAACGUGUUCGCUACAUUCGUGUCGAUAGCCACCGUCGACAGGCUUGGACGCCGAGCACUCUUCCUGCAAGGAGGAGCGCAGAUGCUCAUAUCUCAGGUGGUGGUGGGCACGCUGAUCGGGCUCAAAUUCGGAACCUCCGGCGAGGCGACGGAGCUGUCCAAGGGCUACGCCAGCAUCAUCGUGCUGUUCAUCUGCGUCUACGUCGCCGCCUUCGCGUGGUCGUGGGGCCCUCUCGGGUGGCUGGUGCCUAGCGAGAUCUUCCCGCUGGAGAUCCGGUCGGCCGGGCAGAGUAUCACGGUGUCCGUCAACAUGUUCUUCACUUUCAUCAUCGCCCAGGUCUUCCUCUUAGCGCUCUGCCACAUGAAGUUCGGGCUCUUCUACUUCUUCGGCGGCUGGGUGGUGAUCAUGACGGCGUUCAUCUACUUCUUCCUGCCUGAAACCAAGAACGUGCCCAUUGAGGAGAUCAUUCUGGUCUGGAAGCAGCACUGGUUCUGGGGCAAGUUCAUCGCCGACGAAGACAUUCACGUCGGCGAGCAUGCCUUCAAGAACACAAGCGCAUGAACAACGAAGCAAGCGGCGAUGCUAUAAACUUAAAUGGACAUUGAUUGAAAGUGAGCUUGAAUUGCUGGUGUUGCUAUCUCUCUGUACAUUUCCCUACGAGUUCUUGGUGCCAAUUCAAAAGGAUAACGUUGGUUUCCUUUGUGUUGAUCACUCUUCUGUUUCAUGGGGUUUUGUUCAUUAAUUCUAAAA